AUGAUUAAAUUAAUCUUGCUGCUCGUUUUAGCCUAUUUCAUCUACGAGAAGAUCUUCAAGUUCUACUAUAGAUAUUGGUUUUACAGAAGACAAGGUAUUCCUGCAUGUGGUAUACCCUGGCCUAUACUGGGAACACUCUGGCCAGUUAAAAGAGUAUUAGAUAAUCUAGGACCCUACAGUAAAACUAUAUUAGAGGAGUAUUGGCACAACUACUUUGGAGAAGAACUACCCCCAAUCUUUAGUGAUCACAGAAUGCCUUGUGCUUCCAUAAUAUUUUGUGACCCUACCUAUGUGAAUGAGAUAUACACGACUAAAACUAAGUACAUGGACAAGCAUCCCAAGUUUUACAGAAUAUCUUAUGAGUAAUUCAAGGACUCUACUUUCUUACAAAGAUCAACAGAGCUGUGGGCACAAAAGAGAAAACAUCUCUCUCAAGCAUUUUACAAGGAUAAGAUCAAAGUUAUGCUUAAGUCUGCCAUUUCAGUAACUAAUAAGAGAGUUUAAGAGUGGAAAAAAAUAUCAACCUCUGAAAACCCCAUCAUUGUAUUGAAUAAGCAAGUUUAAGAACUAAUUGAUGACGUCGUUCAAGUAUGUGUAUUUGGAUAAUCAGUACUAAAAAAGGAAAUAGCUUAUACUGAAUAUGGGUAAGCUGAAAAUCGAUCUAUAGGUAAGUUUCUGAGAUUCCUGACACAGAAUAUAUUCCUGAGAUAUGGGGGAAUCAGAUAAAUGACAGAUUGGUUCGAUUACCUACCAGUUACUAGAUAUGAAGCUGAGGUUUUUAAAAAUGCCAGGCAUUUUAGAGUCUUCGUUUAAAAGCUUAUUGAUGAAAGAAGAGCUGAGAUGAAGAAUCCAAAUUGGUAGUCAUAGGGUGAUUUCCUAACGCUCAUGUUGCAAGAUGAGUUCUUUAACUCUGAUGAGAUGAUUAUUGAUGAAUGUAAUUCAUUCAUGAUAGCAGCUAAUAUUACAACAUCCAUCACACUAACUAAUGCCCUGUUUUACCUGAUCAAGCAUCCUAAUAUUUUGCAAAGAGUGAGAGAGGAGUGCAUUAAAGAUUUAGAUGUGAAAGAGGGACUUAAGAAUUUGAGUGAUGAGAAAUGGGGUGAUUUACUUACUUACGAAGGUAUCAGUUCGUGUAAUUAUCUGCAGUAUUGUAUAUUGGAGACACUAAGAAUAGAUCCACCAGCUAGAGUGACUAGUCCUCAUUGCUUUACUGAGACUAUUGAUGUUUGUGGAAAGGUUAUAAAGGCUGACACUUAAUGGCAUGUUGACAUUUAGUAUUUGCAUCAUAACCCUAAAGAAUGGAUAGAUCAUGAAGAGUUUAUUCCAGAGAGAUUUGAUCCAAGCAGUAAGUAUUAUUUAACUCCCACUGGGAGUAAAAGACAUCCAAUGUCUUUUGGACCUUUCUUAGGCGGAAAAAGAAUAUGCUUAGGCAAAACUUUUGCUGAAAGUAUUCUAAAAUGUAUCUUACCAGUUAUCUUCAACCAAGUUGAUUUCGAAUUCGAAGAUAAAGAACUACUUAAAAGAAAACCAAUUAAUACAUUUUUGCAGGAAGAGCCAUCUUAUCUAGUAAGGUUAAAGUAGCUUGCUUGA